AUGAGUGACAACCCGUAUAAGCAGCGGGGGUCGUCCCCGUCCGGAGGCAGCCACACCGUGUCGCUCCAGCGGUCGCAGGAGACGGUGGCCCAGGUGGUGGCCGACUUGAAGACCAACGCCCACGACGGGCUCGACUCCCCGGACGACGUGCUGCAACGGCGCCUCAUCUACGGCGACAACGAGCUCCACGGCGAGGAGCCCGAUCCCAUGUGGAAAAAGUUCUUGCAAAAGUUCUACGAGGACCCGUUGAUCUUGCUUCUUAUCGGGCUGGCGGUGAUCCUGUUUUGGAUGGGCAACCGCGACGACGCCAUCCUGAUCACGUUGGCAAUUUUCAUUGUCGUCACCGUGGGUUUCGUCCAGGAGUACCGCCUGGAAAAGCUGUUGGAAGCAUUGAAUAAGCUUGUCCCCGCCCUGGCGAAGUUGACCCGCCAUGGCAACAGCCAGGACGUGUUGGCGCUGACGCUUGUCCCGGGGGACUUGGUCCACUUUGGCCAGGGUGACAGAAUCCCCGCCGACGUCAGAAUCACCGAGGCCGUCCAUUUGACCAUCGACGAGUCGAACUUGACCGGGGAAACAACUCCGUUGAGAAAACAGGUGGACCCGGUAAACGGCGACCACCCGGUGCUGGAGAGAUCGCUGAUUGCGUUUAUGGGUACCCUCGUCCGUGACGGCCACGGGGCAGGCAUUGUCGUCGCCACCGGGGCCGACACCGAGUUUGGCCAAGUGUUCAAGAUGUUGAACCUGAUUGAAAAGCCUAAGACCCCCUUGCAACAGGCGAUGGAUAAGCUUGGUAAGGACUUGCUGACAUUCCUGUUUAUUGUCAUCGGGGUUAUCUGUCUUCUUGGUGUGCUCCAAGGCCGUGAAUGGUUGGAUAUGUUCCAGAUCUCGGUGUCGUUGGCCGUCGCCGCUAUCCCUGAGGGUUUACCGAUUAUUGUCACCGUCACUUUAGCUCUUGGUGUGUUGAGAAUGGCUCACCGUAAGGCCAUCGUUAGACGGUUACCCCUGGUGGAGACUUUGGGCUCCGUCAACGUCAUUUGCAGUGACAAGACCGGUACUUUGACGCAAAACCACAUGACCGUGACCAAAAUAUGGACCACCGACUGUAAGGGGUCGUUCAACACCCCGUACUUGAACGUGGAACGCCUCGACGACAACACGCUUGAACACCAACAAACGACCAACAUCAAGCGGCUCCUCGACUGCGGCAACAUCUGUAACAACUCUCGUUUCUCCAAAGAGAGCGACAAGUGGUUGGGCAACCCGCUGGACAUCGCGUUGAUCGAAGUGCUCCCGCACUUUGGCCACGAAGACAUUAGAGGCACCAAAGUGAGAUUCACCGAAACGCCGUUCUCGCUGAGCCGCAAGUACCAGGCGGUGGGUGUCCACGGCGGCGACUCUGAUAAGCCGGAAACUUACGUCAAGGGGGCUACCGAAAGAGUGUUGGCGAUGUGCACUAAAUACUACGACGCUCAGGGCCAGGCUAAAGAGCUUACCCAACAGGUACGCGACGAAAUCAUGGAACGCACCUCGGGGCUCGCCCUGGAAGGGUUGAGAGUGUUUGGUUUCGCUGAGAACCUGCUCAAAUUGAACAUUGAACCCCACGAUUUGAUCUUCUGUGGUCUCACGGGUAUGAAGGACCCUCCUCGGGCGAAUGUCGCCUCCUCCAUCGCUAGAUUGAUGAGUGGUGGUGUCCACGUGAUCAUGAUCACCGGUGACGCCCCCACUACCGCCAUCGCCAUCGCUAAACAGAUCGGUAUCCCCAUCAUUAACCCGGACCAGCUGGUGUUGACCGGUGGCCAAUUGGACAACAUGUCACCUGAACAAUUGAGUCAGGCCAUCCAGCACGUGCUGGUGUUUGCUCGUACCACUCCCGAACACAAAGUGUUGAUCGUUAAGGCAUUACAACACCGUGGUGACGUAGUGGCAAUGACCGGUGACGGGGUCAACGAUGCUCCCGCAUUGAAGCUUGCGGAUAUCGGGAUUGCUAUGGGCAAAAACGGUACCGACGUGGCUAAGGAAGCCGCCGAUAUGGUGCUUGUUGACGACGAUUUCUCCACGAUUUUGGCCGCCAUCGAAGAAGGUAAAGGUAUCUUCUACAACAUCCAGAACUUCAUUUCCUUCCAGUUGUCGACGCUGAUUGCUGCGUUAACCCUCGUGGCGUUGGCUACUCUUUUCGGCUUGCCCAACCCGCUUAACGCCAUGCAAAUUCUUUGGAUCAAUAUUUUGAUGGACGGUCCCCCCGCUCAAUCAUUGGGUGUGGAACCGGUCGACCCCGAGGUGAUGCAACAGCCGCCACGCAAACGCAAUGCCGCCAUCUUAACCCCCGCGGUGAUCAAACGAGUCAUCCAGCUGGCCACCGUCAUCAUCAUCGGUACUAUAUACGUGUUCAUCAAAGAGAUGAACGACGGCGAAGUCACCGCCCGCGACACCACGAUGACGUUCACCUGUUUCGUGUUGUACGAUAUGUUCAACGCGUUGGCGUGUCGCUCGCUGACCAAGCUGGUGUUUGAGUUGGGGAUCACCUCCAACAAAAUGUUUAAUUUCGCGGUGCUCGGGUCGCUCUUGGGCCAGCUAUGUGCGAUCUACGUGCCGUUCUUCCAGAGGAUCUUCCAGACGGAGGCGUUGCACUUGAGCGACUUGGUUAACCUCACCAUCCUCACGCUGCUGGUGCUCAUCGUCGACGAGGUCCGCAAGUGGUACAUCCGCCGCCGCGCCGCCUCGGGACACUUUGCCGACUACGGCGUGUAA